UGUUGUCGGAAUCAAAACGUGAAAUAUGUCAAAAAAGGAAGUCACAUCGACAAAAUAAUCAGCAAGCAGGUGUAGUAAUGAAAACGUUGCUUUGUUAACACAAGCUAGAUAUGAACAAGAAAGAGUAGAGCUGUAAAACUAAGUAUGGUGAAUAUUUGAAUUAUGGGGAGACAAAAUGUAUGACUCAGCCUCUACCCGAAGGGAAGCACUGUCACCCAAAUGAACUGUUGACUGGAAUCGGUUGGACUAAAUAUUGGUUGCUAUGGGCACCACACUGAGUGAGCCUUGCAUCUAUGACAAGCUGUCAGAGAGCAUCAAUAUUCUCCGCCAGUCAGGAUAUCGCUAUGGCAUGUCAGAGAAGGAGAUUGAGAAGUUUAUCAAACAAGUCUUGGAGACCAAUGAGCCCAGAAUAGACCCACCACAGUUUCCCUUCCUUCGAGCCACCAUCAAGUUCCUGGUUGCGGUAGGGUUUCUGUUGGCGGUGGUGCUGGCUUUUACCUAUCCCCAGACCCGGCCGCCGCAGGACCUCACCUACACAGUGGGACACAACUGGUCAUCCCCACUCAGCCAUGUCAGACUGCUGGCUCUGCCCAUCGCCAAGAAGUACAACCUGCAAGGGUUCCAUGAGUGGUGGAGUGCUGGGGCUCCGAGACAGGGCCUGGUCAACUGUUCUGGCUGUGGUGAGGUAUCCUCCGUGCUGGAGGUCCCUGUGACCCUCCAAACAUCUUCAGCCCUGUGUAGGGGACCACAGCCUGUUCUGCUCAAGGGUGGAGAGUCUCUACAGAGGCAGCAGUUAGAGGAGCUCUACUCGGCCCACUCCAGUUCUAUGAGCAUACUGCUGGAGGAUGAUUACCUUCUGUCACAGGACCAGGGCUUUCCACAAGGCCCCGCCAACUUCACCCUCCUCUGGAGGUUUCCGUCUGGGGCCAGAGAAAAAGCGAUGAGAUGGCUUUUCCCCAAGGCUGAGCUAUGCCCCCUGCUGGACACUGCUGGGACAACAUUGCAACGUUGUCUGGUUACUCACAGUGCCCACUCUCAAAGCAGAGGUGUGCGAGUCCUGGGUUGGUUGGUGGUAGGAGAGGGGCUCCCCACAGUUCGAAUUCUCCCUGUCCACCACUGUCAGAAACACUGUAGCUCCUUUAACCUCUGGCUUGGACCGGGAGAUAUGGUGUACGCUGACCCACGCUACUGGCAGAUGGAGCUGUUCCCCGGCAGGGACCAGAACAUUGUUUGUGACAGCUCUGCCUUCUGAGGGAAGACUAUUACGAGAGGACAGGAGGAACGGGGAUAAAGUGAAGGGGAGGAGGAUGGAGGGCUUUGACUUGCCAUCCAGAACUCUGAAAACCCAUCUCUAUUCCAGAUGUCCUACUGGAAGAGAAUAUAGCACUUCCUAUAUAGUCAGGAUAUGAUGUGACCUUUAAGCUAAAGAGCACCAACCACCCCACCAAACCCAGCCCCUGUCCCUGCCAUCUCCUAGCCUAAUACCAAACUCAGUUCCUAACCCCUAACUGUGCCUCAUCGUUCAUAGCCUUUUCAGAUUGGCAACAAGUGAAAGCAGAGAGGGACUGCUGUCUGACUGGGAAGUCUGUGUCUGUUGGUGAACAAUAGUCUGGGAAAAAACUUCUUAAACUUCAAAACGUUUGUAAGAAAGCCCAAAGAGGAUACAUUGAGAGAGUGACAGAUCAAUUUUUUUGGUGAAAAGGCCUUUGUUCAAUCAGAAUGUUCAAGAUUGUUUUGGUGAUGUUUUAAUUAGUGAUAAAAUUGCACAGCCACAACAGAAACAAUGGGACAGUUUUGUGACACCACCCUACCAUCAGUACUCCAAACCUGUUUGGACUGGUCUACAUGACCAACAAGUUUAACACGUUGCUGCUAAUGGGACAAUGACAGUUGAGUAUAAGGAUGUAUGAAAUUGAUUUGUGAAUUGUAUGUGUUGGAUGUUCCUCAUCCUGAAUGUAGCCUAUUUUUCUGUAUAUUCCAUUUUUCAGUUUAGCACCCAAUAGCAAAAAUCAAUGGAGGUGUUAGUGGCCAAAUCAUCUCCAUAUUUUGUUUUAAAAAAAACAAAACAAGGAUUUAUCCAUUAAAAAAACUUGUACUUACUUCCAUUGAUUUUGAGAUAACAAUUACCAGAGGUGAGAUUUGUGAUGGCCGUUUAAAGAAAAAGAAACAUGGAUUUAAGUUUCUCUUGGCCCAUAGAUUACUUUCAGGGUGGGAAACCAUCAAACAUCAAGGUCUGAUAUUUUCCCUCAACAUUCAUUCCAUUUUCUAACUGUCAUUGCAGACAGUGUAUUUAAAGGCCAACUUAGGGCACAAGAAUUGCACAUCUGAUCGAAGCACAUUCAUACUAACUGUGGUCAAUAAGAUAUUAGGCUACAGAAGUGCCAUUACUUUCAGAGAUCCACAGCUUCCGUCCAAAACGUAAUCCUGUGAAAAUGAAGUGUAGAAAUCCUCAAGGAGAAUCAGGCCCUAGUCUUGAGACUACAGUGGGAACUGGUGAGUGUCACCUGUUCAUCGUUGUCGUUGAUGAAACACCAAAAGCACACCCGUGGUUCGUUUAUAAAAUGGAAAAAGCCUUCGACUCUUUUUCAUUUUCCAAGUCAGCUUUUAAUAUAAAUACCUAUAUAAGUUGAUGGUGAAACCUUGUGCCAUAACUUCCACAAGGCUUGAUAGGUCACGGUGUGUUUGGCUUAACCCCUUGUGGUCCAGUUCCCUGUGUAAGCACUUUUAAAGUCAUUGGCAACAACUUGUCGGUGAUGUCAGUGUUUGAUCUGUCACAUUAUUCAUGUUUAAAAUGUGGGUCCUGUUCAAUUGCUCGACAUAGUCACGUCAUUUAUGUAAUCUUUUACGGCUCAAAAUUUACCAUGUUACAUUUUUGAGUUUCAGCCUUUUUGGUAAACUCUACAUUUAUCUGUUUUAUGACUUCUGUGGGUUUUCUAUGCCUCAAUCACGAUGUGUUUAUGUAUAUUUGAGGGGAAUUUCAUUGGUCAGAGCAGUUUUUUCCUGUAAUUAUUUAUUCUUUAAAAAGUGUAUAUGAUGGCCAUAUACUGGACUCUAAGCUAUUAACAGUGGUUAUUGGUGUUCAUCUCGUCAUGACUGGGAUUCUAUGGACCUGCACUACUGCCAUAUUUAAUUUGCAUACUUUAAAUGCCACUGUUUUUUGGUACUAGUAAACAUCCAUUUCUCUCUUUCGCAUGAAUUGUGAGGAUAGUGACAAAAUUGCCCUUAGGAGUCUGUUCCGUGGGUAGCUAUUAAUUAGAAUCCAUGCAGGAAAUGGCUUUCGGCUUUUAAAUCUCCCCUCUGAAGCCCUGUUGGAUAGUUCAAAUAUUAUUAUUACAUUAUCUUUGCUCAUUAAAAUAAAGUUGUUCAAGACAGCUUAUUUACACCAACAAACAAACAUCAUGUCCUCACUGAACCAGACACAUUUGGCUUGAGUUUAAGCUUGCCUUUUUUUUGUAAAGCCUUACUACAGAAUGUCAUUGCAUAUUCUCCCUGUUAGGUUACUUUGUUUUUCUUUUACUGUUAACAUCUUUGAGGCUUUUUAAUUGGUUGCCUUUCAGUCUGUAGUGGGUUCAUUUUGAUGAGUACAAUUCAUGGCACUUGUUAUUUAAGUGAUUGCUUUGGUGAAAGCAACUUGUUCAAGGUCUGCAUUCAAUCUGAAGCGGCGCUGCGGCUCUUCAAUGCAAUUCCUGAUCCAGCCAACAGCUGCAGCAUUUACUGUGAAUAGAACUCUGCAAACAUUAAAAUACAAUAUUGGACUGAAUCCACGCCUAAAUUGACAUUGAACAAAAGCUUUGUAUGAUCAAAUUGCAAUGUAAAUCAUGAUUUAACACUUGUUCUGGUUGUGUGUGCCUGGUAGGUCUCAUGGAUAUUAACACCAUGGACUGUUGUAUUUUCUGAUAUCCCUUUAUAUUGAGAUGUUAUAGAAAUGUGCAAUACCUUCCUUAUUUUUUCUUAACAUCAGAGUGCAUUGUUAUGUCAAAAAAGCCUACUUUGAUUUCAUGGACUCCUGUCAAUGGCCAAAUGUUUGGAUAAAGUAUAUAAAUGUU